AACGCAAGUCAACGCCAAWCGCUUCACGAUCAAACAGUCAGGUAGAAAGGUGGGAAACUAGGUUUAUUUCAGUACUAAAGAUCCUUCAAAAUGCGUGAAAUUGUACAUUUGCAAGCUGGACAGUGCGGAAAUCAAAUUGGUGCAAAGUUUUGGGAGGUGAUCUCGGACGAGCAUGGCAUCGACCCUACUGGCACUUACCACGGCGAUUCAGACCUACAACUUGAACGAAUUAACGUGUAUUAUAAUGAAGCUACUGGCGGGAAAUACGUCCCUCGUGCUGUUUUAGUAGACUUAGAGCCAGGAACUAUGGAUUCUGUUCGUUCUGGUCCUUUCGGACAAAUUUUCCGUCCCGACAACUUUGUAUUCGGUCAAAGUGGCGCUGGUAAUAAUUGGGCAAAGGGACAUUACACUGAGGGUGCUGAAUUAGUUGACUCCGUACUUGAUGUGGUUAGAAAAGAAGCUGAGAGCUGUGACUGCUUACAAGGAUUCCAGCUUACACACUCACUAGGUGGUGGAACAGGCUCUGGUAUGGGAACUCUUCUCAUUUCCAAGAUCCGUGAAGAAUAUCCGGAUAGGAUCAUGAACACCUUUAGUGUGGUUCCCUCACCAAAGGUGUCAGACACUGUUGUAGAACCAUACAAUGCUACCCUAUCAGUCCAUCAGCUGGUUGAGAACACAGAUGAGACCUACUGCAUUGAUAAUGAGGCCUUGUACGAUAUUUGCUUUAGAACCCUUAAGCUCACUACUCCCACUUAUGGAGAUUUGAAUCAUUUAGUUUCUGCUACCAUGAGUGGUGUUACAACAUGCCUCCGAUUUCCUGGUCAGCUCAAUGCUGAUUUAAGGAAACUGGCUGUAAACAUGGUACCAUUCCCACGUCUUCAUUUCUUUAUGCCUGGCUUUGCUCCACUGACCAGCAGAGGGUCUCAACAAUACCGUGCCCUGACUGUCCCUGAACUUACACARCAGAUGUUYGAUGCCAAGAACAUGAUGGCUGCUUGUGACCCAAGACAUGGYCGCUAUCUCACYGYUGCUGCAAURUUCCGYGGACGCAUGUCCAUGAAAGAGGUUGAUGAGCAGAUGYUGAAUGUGCAGAACAAGAACAGYUCAUACUUUGUUGAAUGGAUUCCCAACAAUGUGAAGACAGCUGUCUGUGACAUCCCACCAAGAGGCCUGAARAUGKCUGCWACYUUCAUUGGUAACAGCACAGCAAUCCAGGAGCUGUUCAAGCGUAUCAGCGAGCAGUUCACAGCUAUGUUCAGGAGAAAGGCUUUCCUUCAUUGGUAUACAGGAGAGGGUAUGGACGAGAUGGAAUUCACUGAGGCUGAGUCCAACAUGAACGACUUGGUGUCUGAAUACCAACAAUACCAAGAUGCAACUGCUGAAGAGGAAGGAGAAUUUGAUGAAGAGGAGGAAGAGGGUGAAGCUGCUUAAAUAAUUCAGUACUACUCUAACAAAAAAAAAACACUUAUUUGUCUGUAAUCUUUAAACUAUAAAAAACUACCUUACAGUUAACUUUGUGUUUUUAUCUGGAAUUUAAAACUAUAUGCUGAUUUUAUGGAAAAGGUUUUAUUUUUGUGUGAGAGAGUUAUAGAAUAUUUAUAUUUAUAGUGUAUAUUACUUGAGUUUAUUGAUGGUAUAACCAUUUGCUCUGGAACUUAUUAGCAGUUUGCAUCAAUAAAAUGGAGUGACCUAA